GCGGCUCUCGACUGGCGCAGGGAUGUCAGUGCCAGACUCAGGAACUGCUCCUCCCGGGCAGCCGUCACCUUUCCCUACUGUACCUCCCCUGAUGCCUCCACCUUUUAUGCCUCCACCAGGCAUUCCGCCACCUUUUCCACCAAUUGGAAUGCCACCAAUUGGGCAGAGGCCUCCAGCAAUUCCCCCAAUUCCACAUGCAAUGAUGCCACCCAUGAUUCCACCAAUGGCUGUGCCACCACCUCUCGGACAGAUUCCAAGUUUGGUGCCUCCUUUAGUACCAUCUAUGAUGCUGCCUGCUGUAACAUCCAGUUCUACUACAGCGGCUGCUCCAGGAGCAGAGUCUGUGAGCUCUAAAGUGACUCAGCCAACUCCCACCAAAUCCAUGUGGACUGAACACAAGGCCCCAGAUGGACGCACCUAUUUUUAUAACCCUGUAACUAAACAAUCCACAUGGGAGAAGCCUGAUGAGCUUAAAUCCAAUGCAGAGUUACUACUAUCUAAGUGUCCAUGGAAGGAAUAUAAAUCUGACACAGGCAAAUCAUACUAUUACAACUCUCAGACCAAGGAAUCUCGCUGGACAAAGCCCAAAGACCUAGAAGAUCUAGAUGCUCUUAUAAAGGAAGAGGAGGAAGCUAGCACUGAAAAAAAGACAGAAGUCUCCAGUCCUUCCACUGCAGCUUCAUCAGAUAAUGAAAUGCCAGUUACUGAAGAGCCGACCCAGCCACAGCCCUCUUUGCCUGAACCUGUUGACACAUUUGAGCCUGAAGAUCCACAGGAGGACACUAUUGUGAACCAGAAAGACCCCACUAAUAGUGACCCUAUUAAGAUUGAAGAUGGGGAAAAUGUGGAACCUGAAAAAAAAAUUUACAUCUGGAACACAAAGGAAGAAGCAAAACAAUUUUUUAAAGAAUUGCUUAAGGAUAAGGGUGUCCCAUCCAAUGCAACAUGGGAGCAGGCAAUGAAAAUGAUUAUUAAUGAUCCACGUUACAGCGCCCUUCCAAAGCUUAGUGAGAAGAAGCAGACGUUCAAUGCUUAUAAAGCACAGCGUGAAAAAGAAGAGAAGGAAGAAGCGCGUCUUAGGGCUAAGGAAGCGAAAGAAAAUCUCCAGCGUUUUUUGGAACAGCAUGAGAAGAUGACUUCAAGCACACGCUACAGAAAAGCAGAACAGAUGUUUGGAGAGAUAGAAGUAUGGUCCGUUGUCCCAGAGAGAGAGCGCAAGGAAAUUUAUGAUGAUGUACUGUUCUUCCUGGCAAAGAAAGAGAAGGAAGAAGCAAAGCAGCUGAGGAAACGUAAUGUGCAAGCGUUGAAGCAUAUUCUAGAUAAUAUGAGGAACGUCAGCUGUCAGACCACUUGGUCAGAGGCUCAGCAGUAUCUUAUGGACAAUCCAAUGUUUGCAGAGGAUGAAGAGCUGCAGAAUAUGGACAAAGAAGAUGCCCUGAUUUGCUUUGAGGAGCACAUCAGAUGUCUGGAAAAAGAUGAGGCUGUGGAAAAGGAAAAAUCAAGAGUUCGAGAGAGACGUCAGCAACGGAAAAAUAGGGAAUCUUUUCAGGUUUUUCUAGAUGAGUUACAUGAGACAGGUCAAUUACAUUCUAUGUCUACAUGGAUGGAGCUAUACCCAUCAGUCAGCUCAGACUAUCGUUUUUGUAAUAUGUUGGGGCAGACAGGUUCCACUCCAUUAGAUCUGUUCAAAUUCUAUGUAGAAGAUCUGAAGGCUCGAUUCCAUGAUGAAAAGAAAAUCAUUAAAGAUAUUCUGAAGGAUCGGAACUUCAGUGUGGAGGUGAAUACUACUUUUGAAGACUUUGCUCACGUAAUCAGUUUUGACAAGCGAGCCGCAACAUUGGAUGCAGGAAACAUUAAACUGACAUUUAAUAGUUUGCUGGAGAAAGCUGAGGCACGAGAACGCGAGCGGGGGAAGGAGGAAGCACGUAAGUUUAAGCGGAAGGAAGCUGCAUUUAAGAACAUGUUGAAGCUGGCAACACCUACUCUGGAACCUGAUUGCAGCUGGGAUGAUGUAAGAGAGCGGUUUGUUGGGGACAACUCUUUUGAUCAAAUCACUGUGGAAUCAGAGAGGAUCCGUCUAUAUAAAGAGUUUCUUCAGGUUCUUGAGAAUGAAUCACAGCAUCAUCACUCCAAGAGCAAGAAGCAUUCAAAGAAAUCCAAAAAGCACCAUCGCAAGAGAUCUCACUCCCAGUCACCAAGUCCUGCAGACAGAGGGAAGAAGAAAGCUGCAGAUGUGUUUAUAGGAUGGGACAAUACAGGUGCAGACAAGGGCUCUGAAACAGAAGACGAAAAUCACCAGCAGUAUCGUCCACAAAAAAGGAAAAAACUAAAUCACUCAGAGUCUGGGUCUGAAAUCUCUUCUUCUGCAGAUUCAGAUCACAGUUCCAAGAAAUCAAAGAGGCAGAAAAAGAAGAAUAAGAAAAAAAGGCAUAAAUCUAACAGCCCAGAGGAUGAAAUGGAAAAGGAUAAAGAGAGAAGCAAAAGAGAAAAGGAGAUUGAACAACUGAAAGAAAACGAAAUUGAAAGAAAUUACAGUCACGAAGCUGCAGCAGAGCCAACAGACAACCGGCGCAUUUCUCCGAAGCACAGCACAAGGAAGGAGAAAACAGGGUGGGACACGUCAGAGAGUGAACUCAGCGAAGGAGAACUGGAGAAGAGAAGACGGACCUUACUACAACAGCUGGAUGACGAUCAAUAGAUAGAGGUUUCUAAGCAUAAGAAUGUGUGAUGUUUCCACAACUUUUUUAUACUAUUUAAGUUCAUAUGUUUUAAAGAAGAGAAUUUUGUUUUCAAAGUAAAUAUUUUGAUUGAUUUAUUCAGUUAUAAGGCAGAAAAAAAAAACAUAGCUACUAUUUAUGUAAAACUGGCUCAAUUUUACUUAUUGCGGAAAGUGGACAAAUAAGUCCUACCAAAAGCUAACUCACACACUGAAACAUUUGUUGUAAAGUCAAAACUAUUUAUUAAAAAAGUCAACUGAAAA